AUGUCUCUGCAUGUCCUGAGGCAACAGAUGUUAAAGUCAGCAGCCACAACUCUAAUUCGUACCUAUGCUGCUCCUCCAGCUGCCAAGAAACUGAAAAAGUUGGGUAAAUUGGGACCCAUUAUGGAAAAGAAGGUGAUACCGGUUGAAACCGAUGCCAACAAAUUGGUGAAUUAUGUUUGCGGUAGUAAUAUCUAUAAGACCGGUGAAGAUAUUAAGUUGAAACCCGAUUCCGAAUAUCCCGAUUGGUUGUGGACAUUAAAUGUUGAUCGCAUUAUACCGCUCGAAGAAAUGGAUCCAAAUACCAAACAAUACUGGCGGCGUUUAAGGAAAAUGGCACUGAGACGCAACAAUCAAUUAGCGAAAUUAAAGAAAUUUUAAUCCAUAGUA